AUGCUAGAGCCAAUAAUUUCCUACUGGGGCUAUCCAGAUGAAGUAUAUAAUGUUGUAACUGAAGAUGGUUAUAUCCUUGGCCUUUACAGAAUUCCUCACGGGAAGACAAACAACAAUUCAGCUCAGAGGCUUGUUGUAUACUUGCAACAUGGUUUGCUUACAUCUGCCAGCAAUUGGAUUUCCAAUCUUCCCAACAAUAGCCUGGGCUUCAUUCUGGCAGAUGCUGGCUAUGAUGUAUGGAUGGGAAAUAGCAGAGGAAAUACCUGGUCCAGGAAACAUACUUAUCUAAAAACAAGUUCCGAAGAGUUUUGGACUUUCAGUUUUGAUGAGAUGGCUAAAUAUGACAUUCCAGCUUCCAUUAAUUUCAUUGUUAAUCAAACCAGACAAGAAGAAAUAUUUUAUGUAGGACAUUCACAGGGCACUACUAUUGCUUUCAUAACAUUUUCCACAAUACCAAAGAUAGCUGAAAAAAUCAAAAUAUUUUUUGCCUUAGCACCAGUUUUUUCUGUCAAACACACAAAAGGCUCUUUAAUUAAAGCGACAUACAAGUUGAAGACAAUAAUCAAGGCUUCUUCUAGAAACACAGACUUUUUACCUAAAACCUCACUUAACAAGUUUCUUGGUUGAAAGCUAUGCCCAGUACUUAUUUUUAAGAAGAUUUGCCUCCAUACCUUGUUUACACUGUUUGGAUAUGACCGGAAGAACUUAAAUAUGAGUCGUUUGGAUGUGUAUUUUUCACACAACCCAGCAGGAACGUCUGUUCAAAAUAUGCUCCACUGGAGUCAGGUAUAACUGCUACAGUGUGUUUCAGUAUAAUUUAAUUUAUACUACUCAUGCUUUGCCAGUGCCAUAGACUGACACAUUUAGAAUGAUAAAACUAAAUUAUAUCUUUUUAUAAUUCUUUGUAGUUUAUAAAUAUGUUAAUAAAUAAAAAUUGGACCUUGGAGUGGUAGCAGUAAUGAAAAGGCCCUGAUAUCAGGGUGAAAUAGUUCAUGCAGGGCAAAGGGCAAGAUCCUUAAAGAGAUCAAGGAACCCAGAGAUAGGUGAUGUUGUCAGAAGGAUUAGAUCACUAAAUAUCAAGGCAGGAAUACUUUUAAAGAGAAUAUCACUAGGUAAGAACAAAACAGGUAGAAUAACUAGAAAAACCUGGAGUUUAAAAGGUGCUAGGAGCAGCAAAAGAUAGGGAGUGAUGUAAUUGAAUGACAUGAGAUUCAAAGUUUGGAAGUAAUUUCUUAUGGAGGAAGAAGUAAGAAUUGUCUGGAAGAAGGAAUAAUGGGCAAAGAGGACUGGCUUAACUCACAAGUCCAGUACUGCCAGGUAUAUGAGAGGAAAAAAGUAGCAUCCCAUGGGGAGGUUCUAUUUUGGUCUAAUCUGUUUGGUGUCCUUGAGGCUUCCUGUACCUG